AUGGCUUCCUCCGAGCUCAAAGACGACGGCACCGAACUCAAGUCUUACCCGCCUGCCACCGCACAAUCCUCAGCAGCAUACCCUACCGCCGACAGGCCUACAACGCCUGGAGAAGCCCCCAAGCCAGCAACCGGUCCGCCCCCAGCCUUCCAGAUCUCCUAUCCCAAUGGCCUCCUCCAGGCUGUCAUCCUCGUUGCCCUGCUCUUGGCUCAGUUCCUUGUGGCUCUGGACAUGAGCAUCAUCGCCACGGCAAUCCCUACCAUCACUGUCAAAUUCCACAGCGUCGAUCAGGUCGGAUGGUAUGGCUCCGCCUUCUUCGGGUGUCUGGCUGCCUUCCAGGCCUUCUGGGGCAAGGCAUACAAGUAUUUCUCGCUCAAAACUGUGUUCUUGACCUGCACCGUCAUCUUUGAGGUGGGAAGCAUGAUUGUUGCCCUGGCACAGAACAGUACCACCGUCAUCGUCGGUCGAGCCAUCCAAGGGUUAGGCGGCGCAGGCGUCACUGGCGGCUGUUAUGUCAUCUGCGCUUUCAUCACACCCCCAACGCGCCUCCCAGCAAUUAUGGGCAUCUUUGGCACAGUCUGGAGUUGCGCCUCUGUCCUCGGGCCUGUCCUUGGAGGUGUCUUCACCCAGGACGUGAGCUGGCGAUGGUGCUUCUGGAUCAACCUACCCAUUGGCGCUGUGACCAUGCUGGCUAUUGCGAUCUUUUUCAAAACCCCUGCUCAUUCAAGACUUGCAAAAGCCAACCCGAAAGACAUCCCUCUUGUCUUCGAUUUUCCUGGAAUCGCAUUCUUCUUGUGCUCGCUGGUCUGCCUCUGCCUGGCUCUACAGGAUGGCGAAGUCACAAGACCUUGGAAUUCCAGCGUACCUAUCGGCUUGCUGGUCGGGUUCGGACUGCUUCUGAUCGUGUUUGCCCUGAUUGAAUGGCAGCAAGGUGAUAGAGCCAUGAUCCCAUGGUCUAUUAUGUCACGCAGAAGCAUUGCUGUCUGUGCUAUCUUCAGCUUUCUCUCCAACGCAGCCGGUUUCGCCCGAGUCUACAAUCUUCCCAUCUAUUUCCAAGCUGUGCAAGGUGUCUCUCCUUCGGCCAGCGGUGUCCGCACAUUGCCAUCCGUUUUGUCCAUCUCGAUCUCGAGUCUUGUUUCUUCCAUACUCCUCGGCCGGGUUGGCUACUACCAGCCUUUCCUUUUGAUUGGUGGUGUUUUCAUGACGGUCGGUGCCGGUCUGAUCUACACGCUCGCAGUCCACUCUCCAGCUUCCCAAUAUAUCGGUUAUCAAAUCGUUGCUGGAAUUGGCAUGGGUCUUACCAUUCAAGUCCCUGCCAUCGUCGCCCAAAGUAUAUCUGAACGUAAGGAUUUGGCGGUUGCGGUCGCCAUCAGCUUGUUCUACCAAUUCGUAGGAGGAACAAUCGGAGUUUCUGCAGCUCAGAGCAUUAUGACAAACCAGCUACUCUCUGAUCUCCCUCGCCAUAAUCCAGCCAUCUCGCCCGCCAGGGUGUUAGCUGCUGGUGCUUCGGGCCUCCGUCGAGCCUUUCCAAACACAAAUGAUUUGUCAGCGGUGGUCAACGCUUACCUUUAUGGUCUCAAGAAGGCUUGGAUUUGGAGCAUCGCAUUAGCAGGCCUUGCUUUUUUGGUUGCGUUCCUUGCUGAGUGGAAGUCUAUCAAAGCCGAGGAUGUCAAUGCCCGCAAGGUGGCCAGGGCUCGGACUGAGGACCCUGCAUCAGCGUAG